GCGCUCCGUCAGAAAAUAGUCCCCUCCGGAAUGUGUAUCUUUCACACUGAAAAACAAUUGUUGUACUAGACCAGGUUUUCUGUCUUCAAACGGGGGAAGAAGUGUCUUUUGACCUAGUCGGCCGCGUGAUUUUUUUUUCAGCCGCCGUAGCGAUUUGAACGUGUUGAAAUCCGCUGUUACGAGGGGCUGCAAUGUAACGAAGUACAACAAUGAGCGCAUCGGAGAAAGAGACGGAGGGAAGGAGAAGGUAAAGGAGGGGGGAGGGUUGGUAUGUCUUCCUCCCGGCGGAAGGAGACGUCGCUCUCAGACAGGAGAAUGAAUCGCAGCGCCGCCGAGCCUGAAGCAGCGUAGUAGAAUGGAGCUGAGAGUAAUGGCGCUUCCAGCGGAGUAGAAUGGAGCUGAGAGUAAUGGCGCUUCCAUUGUAGCCACAAACAACACAAUAUUGUUACAACCUUUUAACAAGUCGGUAAAGGAAGACAACGGCAAUGCGAACCCUGCGCUGAAGAGGAGCGGCAGGCGGGCGACGGAAAAAGGAGAAAGAUGGGCGCCGUGCUACGGACUCUGUUGUUGUGUAGUUUUUGUUUGCUAAUACGAGGUGUACCCCUCCUGCUGUAUGCCAACCGGCGGGACCUGCGGCUGGUGGAUGCGGCUCACGGCAGGGCCAACGCCACGGUAGUGGUGGACGGUCUGGAGGACGCCGCGGCCGUGGAUUACGUAUACGCUCAGGGAUUGGUCUACUGGAGCGACGUCAGCGAGGAGGCCAUCAAACGCACCGCCUUCAACCAAUCGGGGCCCGGCGCCGCGGCGGCCCAGACGGUGGUCGUGUCGGGGCUGGCGUCCCCGGAUGGCCUGGCCUGCGACUGGUUGGGCAGGAAGCUGUACUGGACGGAUUCCGAGACCAAUCGGAUAGAGGUGGCUGAGCUGGAUGGAUCGUUCCGGAGAGUUCUCUUCUGGCAAGACCUGGACCAGCCCCGAGCCAUCUCUCUGGACCCGGGGAGAGGGUACAUGUACUGGACGGACUGGGGUGAGGUUCCUAAGAUUGAGCGAGCGGGGAUGGACGGUACGAGCAGAGCCAUGAUCAUCGAUAAGGAUAUCUACUGGCCGAACGGUCUCACGCUGGACUACAGCCAGGAGAAACUGUACUGGGCCGACGCCAAGUUCAACUUCAUACACCGCUCCAAUCUGGACGGCACUGGGAGGUACAGUAAUCAACCAACCGACCAAUCAGCGUUUAUGAUGUAUUGUCCCGUUGCUGGGUAAUUUGGUUCCAGCAUAAUAAAAGCAUGUACAGUGGAUAAUAUAUAAUAUUUCAGAUGUAUGACCAAGCAGCCUGCUUCUACCGCCACAUAACUGGUGUCUACAGGGCCGUCACAGUGUUCCCACUCCUCGGCCUUUUCCACAUUUUGUUGCGUUACGGCCUGAAUUUAAAAUGGAUUUUCCACAUUUUGUUGCGUUACGGCCUGAAUUUAAAAUGGAUUACGUUGAGAUUUUGUCACACAUUACCACAGUGGAAUA